GUUCGGCAAGGAGGCCGGGCCCCGUCCCACCACGGAGGGCGGAGGAUUCGGCCUGCACCAGACCCAAACGAGGGGCAGUCCGGCCUCUGCUGGCAGAAGCAGCGCUUCCAAGUAUUUUCAUAUGGUGGCUUUGCAGAGCUGCGCGGUCCAGAAGAGGGUUUCAGGCUGCAAAGCGGGAAAGUCCUGAGGGCGCUAUGCGCUCCAAGCCAGACGCCCACAAUCUCUUCUACGUCAUGCAAUAUUCAAGUACGCGGCCUCCUUCCCGCGCUUUCGCGCCCACAGGCUGGGCCAAUCACAGUGCCGUGCUUUUCAUACCGACCAACAGGCGGUGGGCGGGCCGCCGGUGACCGUUACCCGGCAGGCGCCGCGGCUGGCUCUGGUGACGCCACUGGCUCGGAGGCGGCUGCAGAGAGCGGGACGCUGGCCCUUGGAGGGGGCAGCGGCGGUAGCUAUCUAGCGGCUCCGAGAUUAUAUAUCUUUGAGUGAUGCAGGCCACUGCAGUGGUGGAGACAGCAUCUGGUAAAGGCUACCACAGUAAUGGAGGCAACCUCCAAAAAGAUAAACCUUCAAAUCCAAAGAAAGAAAAUUUGUUAUUAUCCUCCAAUGGUUGUGAUGAAGUCAAAUUGACUUUUCCUGAUGAUGACUGGGAUUCUUCAACACUAGAGCAAAGAGCUAAUAAUAAAGAAAUCAACAAUAUUGACAAGAUGGAUUUAUUAGAGCCAUUUUUUUCAGUGAGUCAAGAUACUAACACAGAGAGUACUCAUUUUCAGUCAAGUGAACUUGAAGACAGUACUGACUAUGCUUUCUUGAAUGAAACAUAUUCUAUACAUUACCCAGAGUCAAAACUAAAGAAGGAAAGUCUUAUUUCUUUAAGUUCAGAGUUAGAUCUUGGAGUGCAGAAAAAAGAGGAGGUGUUUUUUGAUAUUUUGGAACAUCAAGAUAAGACUGUUGACUUGGAAAGAAUCUACAAUAUUUCAGAUGCUAAUUAUAGAGAAAGUGCUGAAGAUACACAAAAGCAUGAUACAGAUGAAGACUCACAGCAGGAAUAUCACAGUGCUGAAGAACAAGAAUACAUAAGUAACCACUUAUCUUUUGACCAAACAAAAACAUUAGGUAUAUCUAAUCCAGAAGUUGUUGAAUUAGGAAAUUUGGGUUAUGAAGUUAAAUGUGCUAGCAAUGUAGAAGAUAAUCAUGUUAACUCGGGAAGUGGUUCUGUCAUCUCUUCAGAUUCAUUUGAUGUUUAUGGACAAGAAGAGUCACUUCAUGUCUCCAAAUUUCAGAAUUCUGUUAUGUUAAGAGAAUAUCAUGACCUAAAGCAUGAAAAGUGUAAGGAAAAAGAGACAAGUUCAGUAUACCACACUGUAUUUGAUGGCAGUGUACUAAGAAGCAAUUCUCCAGGAAACCAGGAAUCUCAAUCUAAGAGUGGUUCCUUGAGCCCUCAAAAAGUAUUAAAAACGAAAACUUAUACUGAACACAUGAAAUCUCAAAUAAAUGAAAGUAAAGAUUUUUGUGGAAAUAAAAUUGCUGAGAACAAAAUAUUACUGCACCUUGAAAAUCCUAGCACAUUACCACAGGAUAAAGCUUUAGAGACAUUACCCCAACCCUGUAAAGAUUGUCAAACUUCCUGGACCUCUGUUUUUGAUGAUUCAAUAAUUUCUGCCUGUGGAUGUUCACAUUAUGAAAGCCUACAAAACACCCCUGACUCAGCCUUAGAUUUUUCUGCUAUGCUACCGAAGAUUGCAGUGAGAGAUAAUCAGGCAAUAGAAGAUAAUACUUGCCUAAAAGUUGCUCAUAGCAGUACCACAAAGAAAACAUGCUUUCACAAUACGGAAGGAACAUGUACUAACUCAAUGACAGAUGCAGCAAGUUGUACAGUCACAAUUAAUCAGACAGUGGAUGUUAGCACUGAUUUUAGGGCUUGUUUCACAACCAGCAGAGCAACAAGUGCAAGACCUUCUGUAGUAUCUACAUCAAGCAACACAGAUAUAACAAUGAUGAAUAAAAAACGACCUGAUGAAUGGCAAAAUGAGAAACAAAAAAGUGUGGCUUGUAGUACAGAUUGGUCAUACAGUGAAGAUUGUAUAGAUACACAGAUGGCUAUGACAAAAGGAUCAGGAAAAUCUCCCUCAGUUGACAGUUUAAAACCUAAUGGAAAUUUUCUAAAUAAGGAUUUCCUGGAAUUAAGAAAACCAUGUGGUAUCACAGACCUAAAGAAACAUCCUGAGAGGGAAGUUCAACUUUUUAAAGAUACGGAGAAGGAUUUGCCAUCAAUGUGCUGUCAGAAAAUAAUGCAGAGAGCCAUAAAAGCAGAGCUGCACCUUUUAAAUGUUCACUAUCAGAUGUGUCGUCGCCAUUGUUGUGAUAUUUACAAACUUGUAAUGGAAAAUAGGAAUUUAUCAAGUAAUUCUGCUAAGAAGGAAGUGGGAUCAGCACUACUGUCUCUUUUGGGGGACUUAAAAGUUAGAUAUGUGACUUUGAAAGAAAAAAUACACAAAGGCAUACCACUGGAAGAGCUGCCCCCACUGUCAGUAGAAUCAAAAUUAUUAUCUACCUUCUCUACUUUUGCUUCCAGGCUAAUGAGAAAAGAAACACAUGUUGUUCCUUUUAGCUUUUCAGAAGCAGAUGCUGAACGAGAUGAUCAGAGGACUCAAGAUUUUGAUGUUUCUUCGAACCUAAAAAAGACAAUCUCUCAAAUGUCUUUAUCAUCUGACAAUAGUCGUGCUACACAAAACAUAUCACCCAAAAAAGAUGACUUUAAAAAUGGUGAUAUAAAUGCAGGCUUUAGUCAACUGAAACUUGAUGAUAAAGACUGCAGACAUUACCAAGAGAUGAGUGAAGACUGGUCUGAUGCUAAAGAGAACUUGACAGGAGUUGACAUCUCAGGAACACAAGAAAAUCAAAUAGAACAAGACAGAUGGAAUUUGGAUCUUACACUAGAAAUGAAGAAUGUUGAACCCUCACAAAGAGAUAAAGGUUAUUUGAUACAUGUUGGUGGCCUCUGCCCUUCAGUAUCUGAGGCCGAUUUAAGGUCUCAUUUCCAAAAAUACCAAGUUUCUGAAAUUUCAAUUUAUGAUUCUUCUACUAAUUACAGAUAUGCAUCUCUUACUUUUACAAAAAACAGCGAUGCAAAGAUAGCUGUGAAAGAAAUGAAUGGGAUAGAAAUAAAUGGAAAGUCAGUAAAUGUGCGGCCUGUUAAAAUUCUUGGAGAAUAUACAUCACCACUUUCCUCCAAAAAUGGGAAUAGAAUUAGUUCGAAUAAUUUAGAGAAAAGCACCAACAAAGAAAUCCACUCAGCCUUCUCCAUUUCUAGAUUGCCCAGAACUAGACCACGGCAGCUGGGAUCUGAGCAAGACAGUGAGGUUUUCCCUUCCAACCAGGGUGUCAAGAAGAAUUGUAAGCAGAUUGAAUCUGCUAAAUUAUUACCUGAUACACCUGUUCAAUUCAUACCUCCAAAUACAUUGAACCUUCGUAGCUUUACCAAGAUCAUAAAGAAACUGGCUGAACUGCAUCCAGAAGUCAGCAGAGACCAUAUUAUAAAUGCGCUUCAGGAAGUGAGAAUAAGACAUAAAGGUUUUCUGAAUGGCUUAUCUAUUAAUACUAUCGUGGAGAUGACUUCAUCUCUUCUGAAAAACUCUGCUUCCAGUUAGGAAUUCAAAAAACAAUAAAGAGAACUUCCUUGGAUAGUGUGUCUCCUCCUUCAGAGAAUGUUCUACAGCACUUAGGAAAAAGUAGUAAUAACAAGAUGAUGUAAUUAGGUUGUGUAAAUGGGCUAAGCUGUUAAAAUAUUCUACUUCAUAGCCCUCCUUUAAAAUCGAGCAGCAGUUGUCUAUACAAUAUUAAGAUCUCUGUUUGUUUAAAGUUAAAAUAUAAUUUUAAUAAGUUUUAAAAUUUUUUAUUUCAAUCUUGUUGUUUAGAACAUCAAGGUGCGUAUUUGGGAUCUAAAGAAAUGGUCUUGUCCAUUUUAAAAACCUUUAUUAAGUCACUUUUAAAAUAUACUGACCAAGAAAGAGGUUUGUUGUUAUAUCAAUGUUUGUGAAAUGAUUUCCAUACAUAAAAAAAGGUAAUUUACCUGAACUUUAUCUUAAGACUCUUAUAUUGGAUUAUAGGAUAACAGAUAAACUGUAUAGAUACAUUCAGAAUCAUACAACAUUUUGGAAUGUGUAUACUUUCAGGCUUCCAAGAUAAUUAAAUUACGUCAUGAUACAUUUCAUGCAUUUUUAUGACUUCAGUAUAAAACAUUCAGGUGCGUUAGCCAUUUUCGCUAGGAAGGGUAAACUUGUAUGUGCUUUGGUACUUAAAUUUAAAUGUUCCCUAUAGUGCUUGCAUUCAUUUUGUGAAAAGUUCUGUUGUAUUGUUACAACAAUUUUCAAAGGCUAAUUUUAUGCCUUAUCUGAUAGAAAUAUAGAAUAGAUGUUUCUUUAAUUGCUUACUUUUUGAAAGUAAUAUAAUAUUUAAGUUGCAUUUUUAUUAAUAGUAAGGUUAACAUUUAAGUCUGCAUUUUCUUUAAAUGUUUUAAAUGUUUAUAACAUUCAAUGUUUAGUUGGUGUUACUUGAUUAAAAAUUAGCCAUUUAACGUUUAUAUUUGAUGUAUUUAUAUUUAAUAAAGGCAUCUAAUCU